UCCCAAGCUGUGUUUCUGCAAACCGGUGGUUUAAAAAAAGAGGAAUACCAUGCAACAUCUAACCUGCAGAAAUUGUUUCGCAGCACAAAAUGUCUGUUCCUGAUAUUUGUCUUUAACCAGUGGUGUAAAGUAACUCAGUAGAUUUACUCAAUUACUACACUCCACUACAUCUAUACUUUUAGUUAGUUUGCAGAUUUGCAUUACUGAUGUGAAAUAUAAAUAAGACUUAGUUACUCCUGGAGUAAUAUUCACAAGCUACCCUGCAGCAUACACAGUCAUUAAAUUAGCUGCACCUUUAACAGCUUUGAUAACACUUUAAUGCAUACAUAAUUAUAAUCGGAACAUAAAAUGAUUGAAAUUGGCCGAUGUGCAUAAUGGAUACGUUUACUGUUGGUACUUUUAGUAUAUUUUGAUGCAGAUACUUAAUUACUUUAACUUGAGUAACAUUUUGAUUGCAGGACUUUUACUUUUUACUAAUACUUUUACGUAAGUAGAAGAUCUGAGUACUUUUCCACCUCUGUCUUUAACCCACCUGUGCUAUGGCUGUUGAGUUUCCAUGGUAACAACAACAGACGCUAUACUUUGUCCGCUGCAGUUAGCUUUAUCAAGUAACACCAGAUAACUUACCUCUAUUUUAUUUGUUACGUUUUUCUUUAUUAUUUUUUUAUGUAAAGUUACUAAGCUUAACUCAAUUUAACGGUUUAGCUACUAUAACUUUGUCAUGUAAAGUAGGCCCACUAGUUGAGAGUUAAAUCCGUCGUUUGUUUAUUGGCUAAACUCAGUGCAGUUGGACCUAGUUAAACGCCUGAUGUAUACCUACUGACAAGCUGCACAUUGUUAAAAGACGAGAAAUUGACAAGGAUGUCUGAGAAAGAUGCAGUCCUGUCAGAUGUAGAGGGGGAGGAAGAAACACAACCAGAAGCAACCGAAGAAGAAGAGAAGGUACAGGUUUGCCAUUUGACAAAAGAAACCAUUGGUCAGGGGCUCUCAUUGCUUUGCCGAACAGGAAAUGGACUUGGACAUGCAUUCGUCAAAGUGGACCUAAUAGACAAAGGACUGAAUGACAUUGCUUCAAUCAGAAGUUUUAUCCACCUACGUUUCGUGGAUAUAUCCAACAACCAGCUGACUGAUCUUUCUCAUCUGGAAUCUCUGACCCAUCUGCUCUGGCUGAAGGUUGACAAUAAUGCUGUUGCAAGCUUCAAAGGGCAACCUUUUGCUCAGUUGACCUACCUGCAGCGGCUGAGUAUGGCAGGGAACAGAAUAACAGAACUGGAUGGCCUGGUUGGGCCUGCCUUGGAGAGCCUCAAUCUUACAGGUAAUGGCAUUCAGAGAUUGAAUGGUUUUCAGAGUGGCUGUUUUGCCAACUUGGUAACUCUGGAGCUGAGGGGAAACCAGUUGGAUACCACUGAUGGCAUUAACCUUCCCAACCUGCAGCAAUUAUAUCUGGCCCAAAAUGUUAUCAAGCAUCUGGAGGGUUUAGAGAGGAUGGAACGCCUCACCACACUUCACCUUCGAGACAACCAGCUAGAAACUCUGGACGGCCUCAGUCCCAACAUGAAGUGUCUCCAAUACCUCAAUGUCAGAGGCAAUGCAAUAUUAGAAGAGAAUGCCCUGAAAAGCCUCGCACUUGUGUCAAAAACUCUGCGAGCUUUGGUGCUUACUGAUAAUCCUCUGGUGGAAUCGACAGACUACAGGCUGAGUGUAUUGAUGCUCCUGACACAGCUGGAGCGAAUUGACAAAGAUCCUGUCUCCCCUGAGGAGGUGGCUCAGGCCAAGGAGAGAAUCAAGGUAAAGCUAAGACACACCUUAUUUCUCUAUUUGGCAUGGUCAGGCAUACAUUUCUGCUCUAUUGUUUUUUUUCUUACUGCAUGUAUUUCAUUCCAGGAACUGAAAGAGGAAAUGUCUGGGCCAUAAGAUUGCAAUGAGGAAGUGUUUUACCUUGAAAACACUGGGUUGGUGUUUGUAGGUGGGUGUGUUGAAACGUAUUGUAGUAUACUGUAUAUUUUCAGUUUCUUGUAUUUGUAUCUGUAAAUGUGUUGCCUACAUUAUGGAUUAUUGUUGUCAUGUUCUAACAGCCUAUUUAUUUUUUCAAUAAUAA